AUGGCGUCUGCUGCGACACGGAAACAAUGCACAAAUGACGAUGGUUGUAAACAAAUUGGUAUUGCUUAUUGCGAAGGUUGUGCACGAUCGUUUUGUGGAAAACAUUAUAAUGACCACCGGCAUCUAUUAAGUGAGGAACUAGACGUUAUUUUUAGUGACUGUAAUGAAAUCAAAGAUGCAUUGAAUCAACAAAUAACGACAUGUGAUUCUCAUCCAUUGAUGAAACAAAUUGAUGAUUGGGAAACACAAUCCAUUGCCAAUAUUCAACAACGAGCAAAAGAAUUACGACAACAAUUACUUCAUUUUGCAACUAAUCAUAGAAAUAAACUAUUGCAAAAACUUCAACAACUAUCCGAACAAUCGAUGGAAGCUCGAGAACACGAUAGCUUCAGCGAAACAGAUCUACAUCAGUGGAAGAAAACUCUUGAAGAUUUAAAAGCCAAUCUUACUUCACAGUCUACGUUUUGUAUUAAUCAGCAUGAUUAUUUUCCAGGACUGAAAAAUAUUUCACUUAUCAUGGCAAUGACAAACGAGUUAUUUGAUCAAAUAUCCGACAACACAGUUCAAAUUGAGCAAAACGGACAAGUAGUAACUAGUGAUGCAUCAAGAAAUCAUAGGGAGAUCCGUGGUAGAAUUAAAUACGCCUCAGGAGUCCAUAAAAUUCGUCUAUACAUUGAACAGUCAGUAAAUGAGUGGAUACUUUUGGGAAUAAACUCGGAAUCAACACCUCUACAACGUCAAUCAUACAAUUCUUCGUCCACUUACGGUUGGUCCAGUGACAACAGUAUUUGGUCCAAUGGACAAAGAAAUCAAAAUAACUCGUAUUAUGCUAUCGAAAUGAAAAAGAAUGAUAUAAUUAGUUUAAUUCUUGAUUGUGACAUACGGACCAUUACGAUAAUCAAUGAACGAACAAAUAGAAAACAUGAAUUACCUGUCAAUACUGCCCAUUGUCCAUUUCCUUGGCAACUUCAUCUCAAUCUAUAUGAAGCGAACUGUUGUGUGCGUAUUUUGUCAACAUAG